AUGGCGAUGCGCCGGACGUUGACCCAGAUUUCGAAUAUUAUUCAAACGCGGAAGCGUAAGGGACAAACCAAACGGGCUGUCAGUGACCGCAGUCCCGUCAGCGAAUCCCUAGAGAAGAGCCAUUGUGGCCAAGUCACCACCCCAGCAGUAUUCGCCUCUGUGGACACGGUCGCCAACAUUGAAGACGACAAAAAUAUAACAUCACAUCACUCGCCUUCGGUACAAUGCGACACAGAAGCAUUGUCAGCACUGUCUGAACCAGUCUCAGCUCGUGAAGUCUUGAUUUCAUCAUACGAGGGCAACGAUGACGAGGCCAUGCCUGAAUGGUCAUCGUCAAUCAACACAAUCGACAGCACUACAGAGAGUCUCGACUAUAGAAGCUCAAUGGCAGUAGUUCUCUAUGACACUGAUAGUAUGAAUGACGCGACCGAAGCAUAUGCUCCGGCCACCGAUUGUUUGUCCUUGGAUGGUCCCCGAGAUUUGUUGCGCGCCGCGUCUCGUGGCCUGCACAACGAUUGUUCACCAUGUGAGCACGGAAAUACUCUGGCGUUGGUACCUAGACGUUCGAUAGCAACAGACGACGAUGAGGCGUAUCGUAGCAUGAGCUCAAGCGAUGACGGCGAUGCUGCUUCUCACGCCGAUCGGCGCACGUACGCACAGCGAGACCGUCCCCGACAACCGAGCGGACCGUCACUGACUUUCCGCGGCAAAGACUUGUUCACUCUGAGAAGCAUCCAUGCCGACAUUGAGUCGACGGGAAACGAAAUCGCCCAUCAUGUGGAAGAAGUUUCGGACCUUGAUAGAUCGAUACGUCACCGGGAGGCUGACAUCGAUAGGCAGCUCGAAAUGACAGGAAAUGUAGACCGCAUUGCACUCGAAGAUGUCCGCCACUUGAGAAAUGAGCGGGAAAGACGGUCACGUGCGUAUGACUGCGUUCUCGUACGGCAGCGCGACAACUGGGACGACCUCCGAGACUUUUUGACGGAACAUCUUUGUCUGCACAAUAUCCCGCCUCUCUCAAGAGCCUCAUCACGAUCCAGAGUCGAAAGUCCGAUCAGUUGGGACGCCGACGAGCGGGGAAUGAGGGAGACACGGCCCUCUCGGGGACGCACAGAGACCCCCUUCAGUCGAGGGCGAGGAGGAUCUUCUCCAAGUCAAUGUCCCUCGGCGCCAACCUGUCCUCCGGCGGCAUCUUUAGGGCGUCAGUCUUGCAUUCCCUCGUUUGGAAGUCGAAGGUCUUCCGGGAGUUGCGAUGCUCACGAAAGUUCGAUACGGCGUCCAAUCCGCCUACCCAUGGGAGUGCCGCAGCGUGAUACCAACCAGUCCGCAAGUGUCCUCAGUACAUGGGACCUGCGUAUCACAGAAAUUCAGGUUAGGAAAGAGGCUGAUGCUGAUUUACUAGCGCGUCACGCUAAGGCUGUGAAGCAUCGACACUUCGCACAGGCUGUUUUCCCAGAUCGGGACGGCAUUGUAAUACAGCUAUGGUCUCAAGCCAAGCCAGCUCAGUCUUGCGGUGUACCUCGGGAAGCACUGGCAGGAAUUCUAGAGCCGAUGGGGCAAGAAGUACACGAUCUGAGCUGUAUCCUUGACCCGCACGCCUUCCGAUUUCGAAUGAUCUCGCGCCUGACGAGAGGGCUCAUCGAAGCGGAGGAAGCAGUCGAGCUGAUCGAGAAAGAGAUCCACAAGAGCGGACUGCGGCCUGUGUAUCGCCCAGAAGAUCAAUAUUCCAAUUUUCCCGAUCGAUCAGACGAUGGAUACCGCAUGAGCGAAGAACAAGCGGUGAUCGACUGGCAGGACAAAUCGGCGAUCGAGUCCUGGAUGAGCAAAUUUCCUCGCAACCCUGUUCUGUUCGCCGAUGCGAUCACGGAUGCUAGCAAGGUGGCCAAAACGAGGAGACGCAUCGACAAUAUCGGCGACGAGUGGGAUGGAGCGUCGUUGCAAUCUCACGAAGGCUACACUGAGGAUGACUAUUGCCAUCCGUACUUCAAGUGCAAGAUUGACCGAUGGCGAGCCGCCGUGAAUGAACUACGAACUCUGGCGACGCGGACGCGAGCCGAGAUCCUUGGAAUACGUGUCGAGGAAGAAACCGAUGCAUGA